AUGCAACCAGGCGUUGCUCCGUGGAAGAAUGCCGAAGUGACAACCGCACGGCUGGCGUCUCGCUGCACCGGUUUCCUGUCGACACUCGAAGGCGUGAAGCAUGGGUUCGGUUCUCCAACAACCGGGGCCUACAGUGGAAGACUCCAUGGCAGCUACGAAACAUGGUUGUUUGCUCUUUACAUUUCAAGGCGUCAGCUUUCCUGCGGCCUGGAUACCUACGCCACAAUGCAGUGCCGACUGUGCUUGCCCCUGAAGAAACGACACGUGGCGAAGUUUCAAGCGAGAGCUGUACAGUUUCUGCAGUGGCAAAUGGAAGGAGUUCUCCAGCCCCACCGACCUACCGAUACCCGGGCCGCUCGGACUCCCAGAGUUCCUGUGGCAUUCCUGACGACCAGUCUUCCGAAAUGGAACUGUCCUUAGAAGAAGGGAGGAGUUCUCUAUCUUCAUCGAGCUGCACAUCCUCCAGCCGCCCAGACUCGCGGAGUUCCUGUGGCAUUCCUGACGUACGGUCUUCAGAAAUCGAGCUGUCACUGGAAGAAGGGAGAAGUUCUCCAUCUUCAUCGAGCUGCACAUCCUCCAGCCGCCCAG